AUGCUCAUCUUCGGCGAGCAAAUAGAUAACUCCCUAUGCGUGGUCAUGGGAUUCAGCACUCUAGCUGCUGCGGGCCUAGGCAACGCCUUUUCUGACCUCGCCGGUGUUUUUGCCGGCUCUCAUAUAGAGCAUCAAGCUGAGCUGCGUGGUAUCAAGGUGCCACAAGUAUCCCUCCAAACACAGAGGAGUCGGAAGUUCAAAAUGGCUAAGAGCUUCGGGCAGGCCGCAGGGCUCUUCUUCGGGUGUCUUAUCGGGAUGGCACCCCUACUAUGGUUGGACCCGCUUAAGGCUGAGCGCACUCGUUUACAGAAUAAACGGCGAGAGAUAUUCAAUGAAACCAUUGGUGAAUUAUGUAAGAUUCUUGGAGCUAAAAGUGGGGUGUUGAUGCUGGUGGACAAGGAGAAGAAUGAGCUUUUCAGCGAGACGGGUGACUCUAAGGGUGUUUUCAGGUCCCCGAUUGAUGCGGAUAAAGCAGGUAUCAUGGGAUAUGUCGCUGCUACUGGGCAGAUGGUCAAUAUCGAGGAUGUCUCCAAGACUGAUUUUUAUGACAAAACAAGGCACGAUAAUUAUCAUGGUCAUGGCUUUGAGGCUGGUGCCGUUAUAUGCAUGCCCAUCUUUGACUCCUUAGGGAACGUAUUAGGUGCUCUUUGCUAUUUCCAUCUGAUGACAUUCAGUGAGAAGGAUGAAGAUCUGCUAGCUGCAAUGUCCUCGCAUAUUGCUACUUAUUUACGCGGCGAGGAUGCUCCUCAAGGCUUCAGAGCUGUAGGAGCAUAG